AUUGUUUUGCGUCGAGUUCCUUCGAUACUCACCGAAGUCACACUAGAUGAAACCAAAGAGUCGGCUCUGGAACAAUUAAAGAACCGCUUCAAUCCACGUCACUACAAACUAGACCUGACCCAAGCACCUUUGCUGCGUAUGUUUGCUGCUCAAACGUAUGAAGAGAAUUGGGUGGCAGUGAUUCUCAUGCACCAUUUAAUCAGUGACCACACAACACUAGAAAGACUGAAUGUAGAAGUGCAAGCCAUUAUCGGUGAACAGAGUGAACAAUUGUCUACACCCAGACCAUUCCGCCAUGUAGUGGCUCAAGCUCGUCUUGGAGCUAGCCAAGCAGAACACACUAAGUUUUUCGAAGAAAUUCUUGCUGACGUUGAUACACCAACCCUUCCGUUUGGUCUGAGCGAAGUUCAUGGCGACAGAACUGAGAUCGAUGAAGCCCAUCUGAAGUUACCACAGGAGCUUAAUAAUCAGUUACGGGCACAUGCACGUCAUUUACAUGUUAGCUUGGCCAGCCUUUGUCAUUUGGCUUGGGCGCAAGUACUUGCUAAAGCCAGUGGACACAAGACAGUUGUCUUCGGCACCGUACUAUUCGGUCGUUUACAUUCCGGAGAGAAUGACAGUACAAUGGGGCUAUUGAUAAACACGCUACCAGUUCGACUAGAUAUCGAUGAGAGAUCUACAAAGAGCGCCGCGCGUCAUACUCACUCACGUUUGAGUGCAUUGCUAGAACAUGAGCAUGCAUCACUUGCGUUGGCGCAACGUUGUAGCGGUGUGCCAUCAACUCUGCCACUUUUCAAUGCGCUUUUGAAUUUUCGUCAUAAUCAGCCGAGCAUGGAGAUCACUACGUCGAUGCAUGGAGUCACUUAUCUGGGCGCUGAGGAGCGAACAAAUUAUCCGAUAACCUUGUCAGUUAAUGACAACAACGAUGCGCUGGGCCUAACAGUCCAAGUGUUUUCGCCGCUGUCAGCAGCAAGGAUUUGUGGUUACAUGCAACAGGCCCUCUUCUCAUUUGCUGAUGCAUUAACAAACACACCAGAGAAAUCGGUGUGCACAUUGACAGUGAUGCCGCGCGAAGAACGAGAGAUGCUAUUGUAUACCUGGAACGAUACAACAGUCAAUUAUCCACAUGUUUGUUGUCUUCAUCAGUUAUUUGAGGCACAAGUAAAACGCGAUGGGCGAGCAAUUGCCGUGGAGUGUGAUGGAAAAACUUUGAGCUACGAAGAACUCAAUACACAGUCAAAUCAACUAGCACACUACCUGAUUGCAAAAGGAGUUAAGGCAGAUGAUCGCAUCGCAGUUUGCGUUAAACGAAGUUCAAAAAUGAUCGUUGCUCUUCUGGGUAUUUUAAAAUCCGGUGGCGCCUAUUUACCUCUUGAUCCGGCCUAUUCCAGUCAACGUCUAACAAAUAUUCUACAGGAUGCAGACCCGUUGUUUCUUUUGGCAGAUUUCAAUGGUCAGAAAGCACUUGGCACCCAUCACAUUCCAAUAGUGGAUUUAGAUCAGACUUUGUGUAGUUGCCUUGCGCUCGAUAAUCUCGAUCCCACCAAACUGGGACUCACUUCUGCCCAUUUGGCAUAUGUGAUAUACACUUCUGGUUCAACUGGAACACCAAAAGGGGUGAUGGUUGAGCAUCAAUCUUUAUUCAAUCUAGCACAUAAUAUUACGUCACUCUUUGAGGUAACUUCUAACUGCCGUAUCCUGCAAUUUGCUUCGUGCUCCUUUGAUGCCAGCUUGUGGGAAAAUCUAAUGGCUUUAACAAGUAGAGCCUGUCUUUGCAUACCGAACGAAGAUGUUCGCCUAACGGUUUCUGCUUUAAUUUCUUUCAUUAAUGCUGAUAAGAUUACACAUGCAACUUUACCGCCGGCUUUGUUUAAAAAUACACAAGACGUUAACCGUUUAAUUGGGUUGCAUACUUUGAUUUUGAGUGGCGAAGUGCCCCCAUUGCCUUUGCUACAAACUGUUGUUGCACACACUACGGUUAUCAAUGCUUACGGCCCAACCGAGACAACCAUUUGUGCGAACACCUGGUCGUGUCCUGUUGAUUUCGUCAAUCAUUCGAUACCCAUUGGUCGUCCACUAUCAAACAUACGACUAUACCUUCUAGAUGAACAAGGUGAACCAGUGCCAUUGGGGACGGAAGGAGAACUGUAUAUUGGUGGCGCUGGUGUGGCUCGCGGUUACUUCAACCGACCCAAACAUACCACCAAAAGCUUUUUGCCCGAUCCAUUUAGUGAAAAUGCAACCGCACGCAUGUAUCGUACCGGUGAUCUAGCACGAUAUCUACCUGAUGGAAAUUUAGUAUAUCUGGGACGUUAUGAUCAACAGGUUAAAAUCCAUGGCUUCCGAAUUGAGCCCGGUGAAAUUGUGGCCCGUUUAAUGGAACAUCCUUCGGUGCGCGAAGCAGUUGUACAACCAUGGAAGGACGAGAUUAAUAGUGAUACCCGUCUGGUGGCCUAUGUAGUGGCUGAUCCAGAUGCAUCAAUUGCUAACAAUCUACGUACAUAUCUGACAUCUUUGCUGCCUGAUUAUAUGGUGCCAGCAGCAUAUGUGUGUCUAUCAUCAUUACCACUCACACCAAACGGCAAAUUAGACCGACGUGCACUUCCAGCACCGGACAAUGAAGCAUUUGCUCGUCAACUAUAUGAAGAACCGCAAGGCAAAAUGGAAGAAAAACUGGCCUCAAUCUGGAGUGACCUGUUGG